AUGGCGUCAAGCUACAGCAUCGAAGUUCCCAGCUCGGCCAAGCCGGGCUUCACACCUAUCUACCGCAACGCUGUUUUUCCCGAGGUGCAUAGCACAUCAACGCUCUACGACGUGUUCAACCGCACGCUCGCAAGGAAGCCAGAUUCCCCCUUUGUCGGCUGCAGGCCUUGGGACUUUGCAACGGGCGCACAAGCGAACUCGUUCGAGUGGAUCACCUAUGCACAGGCAGACGAACAGCGCACCGCGCUCGGAAGCGCACUCAGCCAACUCGCAAAGGAGAAAAAGCUCGGUCAGGAGAUCCAUGUGGACAGCAAGGAGUGGUGCAUGUCCUUCUGGGCGCUCAACCGGCCCGAAUUCCAGAUCGUGCACCAGGCUUGCAAUGCCUAUUCUCGCCGCCUUGUCUGCAUUUACGAUUCGUACGACGUGAACAAUGCAGCUUACAUCAUAAAUCACUCCGAGUCACACGUCAUCUUCACCACCUCCAGCCACAUUCAACAAGUGCUGGAGCGCAAAACGGAGCUGCCGCUGCUCAAAGCCAUCGUCAUCCUCGACAAGGAAGCCCCUUCACCGAGCGGAGGCACAGGCGCCAAGCUACCGCGAGGCCAAGUCGGGUUGGAUCGCGUUGCAUUGCAAUGGGCUUCGGAGAAGGGUCUACUCUUCUACCGCUACGACGACUUCCUUUCGUACGGCCGCGAGCAUCUUCAUGCGCAUACGCCUUCGACGGACCCGAACACGGUUGCUAUGUACUGCUACACAUCAGGCACGACAGGGACGCCCAAGGGCGCAAUCAUCACGACCGGUGGCCUGGCAUAUGCAGCCAAGUCGGCGGCGCUCGGCACAAUUGGUCUUGACACGAUGAUUGGCUACCUUCCCAUCGCGCACAUCUUCGAAGUCCUUGCCGAGACGACGGUGAUCGAGUCUGGCGGUCGGGUCGGCUACUUCAGCGGGGAUCCGCUCAAGCUCGUGGAAGACUGCCAGGUGCUCCAACCGACUAUUUUCCCCAGCGUGCCGCGUGUGCUGAACCGCAUCGCAGCACUAAUCCAGGAGCAGAUGGCUGGCGACAGCUUCAAGGCGAAGCUCCUGCGCCGCGCAGUGGAGAGCAAGGUUGCUUACCAUGAUAUGGACGGGAGUGUGACGCACGCAUUCUGGGAUCGACUCAUCUUCAAUAAGGUCAAAAUGAUCCUGGGUGGAAAGGUCGCCAACAUCUGCUCCGGUUCGGCGCCGCUUCGACCAGAGGUGCUCAAGUUGCUCCGGGUGGCGUUCUGUGUGGAUCUGCGCAACGGAUAUGGCCAGACGGAGAAUUCCGUCUGCACUAGCAUGGCACCAAACGACAAGGACACAGCGAGCGUCGGACCGCCAAGUGCAGGCGUGGAAGUCCGCCUGGUAGACUGCCCGCAGCUCAACUACUAUACUACCGACAAACCGUGGCCACGCGGUGAGCUGCUAAUGCGCGGCGGCGUACUCUUCCAGGGCUACUUCAAGGAUGAAGCCAAGACGCGCGAGGCGCUCGAUGAAGAGGGGUGGCUGCAUUCUGGAGAUAUCGCCGCCGUGGACGAGAAGGGCAGGAUCCACAUUGUCGAUCGCGUCAAGAAUGUCCUCAAACUCAGCCAGGGAGAGUACGUUGCCCUCGAGAAUGUCGAGCAGAUGUACACCGGCUUGGAGUUCCUCGCACAGAUUUGGGUGCAUGGCGAUAGCUUGCAAGAUUACCUGAUCGCCGUCGCCGUCCCAGAGCCAGGGGCGUUCGCACGAUACGCGAGCCAUGUGCUUGGCCGCACCGUCAGUUCUUCGCCUUCUGAUCUCGCGUUAGCCUGCGCAGAUCCAAAAGUGGUGACCAGCGUGCUGAGAGACCUGGUGCGCCUCGGCAGGCAGCGCGGCUUGAAUGGCGUUGAGAUGCUCCGCGGUCUGCACCUGACGCCAGAGAUGUUCAGUGUCGAGAACGGGCUCAUCACGCCGACGUUCAAGAUGAAGCGGCCCGAAGCGGCCAAGUAUUUUGAGAAGGAGGUCAAGGCUUUAUACGACAAGGGCGCAGUGGACAUCCGCCCGCUGCUGUAACUUGUUCCUCGCUUUUUAUAACAUCACAUCACAGGACAUUUAAUCUCGCAUCGCAGCACUCGCACGUGUCGCUGUACAUCACGCCAAUAUAACUUAGGUGGUAGGCAAACCUUACGAGCAGGCAAGUUCGAGGAGGCGAAGCCAUCUUCGUUCAGUUGAUAGCUAGUCAAGCAGUCAACGGCUCGGCGCCCAAAAAUGCGACCGCAGCCUGGUGGCCGCAUGAGUUGCGUACCUUAGCGUAUGGUUUGCAGAUGCGCUACGUGUGAAGGGAGGUGGCCGGCGUCCGGGGGGGGAGG